AUGCUGUACACAAGGGUUUUUUUCCGUGCAGUGGUUCGGACCGACUUCGGUGAAAGAGUCGCCGUAGUCGGCUCGUCGCCGUCUUUGGGGAACUGGCAGGCCAACCGCGGUCACGAACUGACCACGAACGAGGAUGUUUUCCCCUCCUGGUUCUCGAAGGAGCCGGUCUACUUGCCGUUGAAAAAGCCCGUGUCUUACAAAUAUGCGAUUCUCGACGAACGAGGGGACAUUGUAAGGUGGGAAGAAUGCGAGGGGAACCGCGAGUUGGUGCCGACAGGCGUGGAGAUGACGGUGGAGGACGACGACGGUCUCUUCCGGGAGCAGAUGACGAAUCGAGGAGACCACGGAGUCGAAGGCGACGAUGACGUGUCUGUGGCGGCUCUGGACAAGGAGGAGGUUGACGCGCGAAACCGCGUGCUGGCGAUUCAAGAGGAAGAGCCGGAGUUCGACGAGAACGACUCGCUGAUUGUGUGCGCUUUGGAUUUGCCGCUGCGCGUCGUGCGCGUCGCUCAGGCGCCGUGCGAGGCGGACCCGCGUCCCGGCGACUCGGCCAAAGACGCAGCCGCGCUCGUGCCUGAGAAACGGCCAGGCGCCUCCGGGGAGUAUGGGUCGGUUCCGUCUUUUGCGGGAGUCGCGGGAGCCGAGCGCGAGAAGGGGAAGACGCGCGCGGCGGCGAGCUGUGGGGAGUCGGAGCAGUCGACAGGCAGCCCGCGGAAGGGUGGACCGCCGGUGUCCCCGGAGACAGAGCGCGGUUUCGGCGGCGGACCCGUUCGAAGUCGACGGGGAACUUUCGAGGUCCGUGCCAGCAAGAGCGCGCUUCUGCCCUCCCUUUACCACUUGCGGAAGAAGACGCGUCUGCCUGUGCGCUUCAUUGGGUGGCCUGGCAUCCACGUGGAAGACGAGCGGGAGCAAGAAGAGCUCGUCGAGUUCCUGCGGGCUUACGAUUGCACCCCAAUCUUCCCCGACAAGGAGGAAUUCGACCGCUACCUGACCUUUUGCCACGGCUUCCUCUGGCCACUCUUCCACAACGUCGUCAUCCUCGAUUCGAAAACGCAAGUGCCGUUCGACUCCGAUCUCUGGGCGCGCUACCAGGCCGUCAACAAGCUCUGGGCAGACACCGUGUUGCGCCACGCCCACGAAACGGACAUGAUUUGGGUCCACGACUAUCACCUCCUCCUCGCGCCGAUGCACAUCACCCGCAAGGUCCGGAGGGCCAACGUCGGAUUCUUCCUCCACAUCCCCUUCCCCUCGUCGGAAAUCUUCAGGUGUCUCCCUUGCCGCGAAGACAUUUUGCGGGGGAUGUUGUGCGCGGACUUGAUUGGCUUCCACCUGUUUGAGUACGCUCGCCACUUCUUGGUUGCAUGCAAGCGGUUGCUCGGUCUCGAGCACCAUUUCUGCCGAGGCGGCAUCCUCAGCAUCGAGUACGGAGGCCGGAAUGUCUCCGUCCGCAUCGGCCAUGUCCACAUUCAGUACGCCGACAUUCGCGAGAAGAUCGAGGCGAGCCCGCGGGUCUUGCAGAUGUCUCGAGAAAUCCGACAAAGAUACGUCGGAAAAUUCAUCUUCGUCUCCGUCGACCGCUGCGAAAAGCUCGCAGGUCUUCUCCUCAAAGUUCGCGCAUUCCAAACGUUCCUCAUGACCUACUCGUACGCGAGGGGAAACGUCGUGCUCAUUCAGUACGCCUAUCCGACGAUCAAAUACGCAGAAGACACCGAAACGAUGGCAAUGGAACUCCAAGAGCUCGUGGAAAAGGUUAACGCGCAGUUCGCCCUCCCCGAUCGCCCCGACUUCAAGCACAUCGAGUUGCACAUCCAGUCUGUGGGGUGGGAAGAGAAGUGGGCAGUGUUUAUCGCCGGAGACUGCUUCCUGGACACGUCGAUCCGCGACGGGCUGAACCUGAAUCCGUUCGAGUACAUCUGCUGUCACCAAGACAACGUGACCGGAGUCAUUCUGUCUGAAUUCACCGGCUGCAGCCGAGCCCUCGCAUCUGCAAUCCGGGUGAACCCGUGGAAGGUGGAAGCGGUGGCCGACGCGAUGGACAGAACGAUCAACAUGCCCAUGGAGGAGCAGCGCGACCGAUUCACGCGCGACCAGGACUACUUGAGUCACAACAGCACGCAGAAGUGGGCGGACGAAAACAUCUUGGACCUCCGCCGGGCUAGGAAACCGGACGAUUUCGUCUACGUCUCCUGGGGGCUGGGCAACACCUUCCGCGUCCUGGGCAUGGACUCGAACUUCCGUUUUUUGGACACGAAUCAAGUGGUGAGAGGCUACCGGACUUCGCGGCAUCGCGUUUUCUUCUUCGACUGCGAAGGGACACUCGCGCCGGAUCGGCGACGCAUCACUUUCGUGCCGGGAGGCGAAAACCUUUUCGCACAGGGUAGACCGCCCUCGCAGCAAGUCAAGGACUGUCUCCAGGCUCUUGUGGACGACCAGCGAAACACAGUCGUCAUCCUCUCCGGCAGAAACCGACACCUCCUCGAGGAAUGGUUCUCCUCCGUCAAAGGCAUCGGACUCUGUGCGGAACACGGUUUCUACUACCGGGUUCCGGGCAUCACGGGAGACCAGUGGCAUUGCAUGUCUCGGCAGACGGACUUCACGUGGAAACAGGUAGCGAUUGAGCUGAUGCUGCAGUACGUCAAGAGAACCCAGGGAUCCUUCAUCGAGAACAAAGGUAGCGCACUGGUGUUCCAGUACCGAGACGCUGAUCCCGACUUCGGCAGCAUGCAGGCGAAGGAUUUGUCCAACUACCUCGGGGAGUUGCUGUUUGGCUACCCCGUUUCGGUGAUGAGCGGGAAAGGCUACGUCGAGGUAAAGCUCCGCGGCGUCAACAAAGGACACGCGGUCGAAAAAGUCCUCCGCAAACUCAGCAACCUCCACGGUGACGUCGACUUUGUCCUCUGUGUCGGAGAUGACAGGAGCGACGAAGACAUGUUUGCAGUGAUCAACACCAUGACAGAAGACGGCUACCAACUCUGUCUGCCCGAAGGCAGUGGCGCCGGCAGCAGCGGACUGUAUCGCCACACGCAGUCGAAGGACCGAAUCCCGCGACGCAAUUCUGUCUCUUCGGAUGAGAACCGUGCAGAAGGCGCGCCAGGAAGUUUGGAAGGAACGAUGAAACGCGUCGGGUCUAUGCAGCGUUCGGGUGGGCUGGGCGGCACAACCGGCCUAACCUCCGCGUCGUCCAGCACGAGUCUGUGCGGGGCUGCAAAGAAAACAGGCCCUCACUUCUUCACGUGUACCGUUGGGAAGAAGCCGUCAAACGCCCGGUAUUAUCUCAACGACACCGACGAUGUCUCCGAUCUUCUCGACGCACUGCAACAGUGCACAGAGAAGGACGGGAAAGAGCAGUGGAAUUCGGCCAGGGACUCGGGCCUCGCGGCGCCGGUGGCGGCUGCAGCGGCUGCUGGGUCUCUCGCAGGGAACGCAGCGGUUCAACUUCGGAAGGGUGACAGCGUCGCCAGCUUUGCGAGUUUGUGGAAGACGCCCCUUGGGGUUGGAGGGGCGGUACGCGCCAGGGACAGAGCCCUCGCACACUUGGCAGGGGGAGCCUCGAGCGGCCUCUUUGGCCGACCCGUCAGCGCCAUCGACGCACGCGCUUGUGCCGGCUCCGGAGGCGCCUCGGACGCCGCGCGACCGACGGAAGAGUGA